AUGCGGCAGCAGGCAUCACCGUGCCAUGCCAAAUGCAGAAAGGCAGUGAAGACAAUGGGCAUGAUCUAUGCAAGCGCUGUGCUCGUCUUCCUCUGUGUGGGCGGCGUGCAGGCGUGGCUUGGGCCUGGGCCGAGUUUCAGGCCGCAUGGGCUGCAACGCAAGGCAGCGGACGGAGGAUACCCAGACAUACCAGAGGAUGUCAGGGGGCCUGACGGCAUUCAGAGUGGUAUGCGGUCCAAGCUGAUUGAAGAGGCCAGGGCCAUGGGUGAUGAGGACACGCCAGUGUCUGCUGGCUUCGGCAACCCGUACCUGCUGGUCAUUGUGGUCGUCCUCGUGCUUGGAGUCGCCUCGUACUUCGAGCUUGGGCUUGACAAGGUGAAGACUGUCAACACCACGAACGCCCAAGACAAGGUGCUUUUACAAACUCGCGUUGUCGCGUCGACUUCAGCUUUCUCGCAAGCGUAUGACUUGCGCACAGUAUUGCAUGCCGAGUCCAGUGGAGGCAGGGUUGUUUGGAUCCCGCGAGCAAGGCAGAGUGUUUCCGAGCUGACAUGCGCCCCAACGAACUUUCGAUCUUUCUCUCGCCAGCUGGCCACUCCUUCGUCUGCAUGGCUGGACUUUCUCUACCGCCUGAAUGAUUUCUUGUCUCUCCUUGUAGGCAUGUUGAACGGUCCCGUCGGCAACAUGCAUCUUCAAACGUUUUGUGGCAUUCAUGCAUGCUGA